AUGUUAAAAGGAGCUGUCGAUGCACUUGAUUCUAAACAAACAACUUUAUUCAAAAAUUUAGUGAAAUUAUAUGAAACAAAACAAUACAAAAAAGGAUUAAAAUAAGCUGAAAAGUUACUAGAGCAAAAGCCUAAUCAUAGUGAAUCUCUCGCUAUGAAAGCUAUAUUUUUAUAUAACACAGGAAAAAAGUAAGAAGGUUUUGAUUUAUCUAAAAAAGCAGUUUCAUUAAAUUUUAAAAGCGAUAUAGCUUGGCAUAUUUAUGGUAUAAUUCAUAGAUAAAAUCGAAAUUAUCCUGAAGCAAUAAAAUGUUAUAAAUAAGCAUUAACAACCGCCCCUGAUAAUGUCUAAAUUCUUAAAGAUUUAGCUUUGCUAUAAAUUUAAAUUAGAGAUAUUGAUGGUCUAUGUGAAACUCGUAAAAAGAUUUUACUUAAUAAGGACUCUUUAGUAAUAAAUUGGGUUGGAUAUGCUAUAGCUUUACACUUUAAAGGAGAAUAUGAAUAAACACUUUAAAUUAUAGAUUCAAUAAAUACAAUUACUAAAAAUAACCCUUUAAAAGGAAUGGAAAAAUCCGAAUUUUUAAUCUAUCAUUCCUAAGUAAUUGGAGAUAGUGGCGAUUAUAAUAGAUAACUGAAAUUUUUAGAAGAAAACAAAAAUGAUAUUUUAGAUAAAGUUAAAUAUAAUGAAUUAAUGGUUGAGAUUUAUUAAAAAUUGAACUAAUUAGAUUAAGCAGAAUUAUUCGUUUAUGCACUUAUUGAUGAUAAUCCUUUCAAUAAAGAUAAUUAUAAGUUGUUACAAGUAGUAAAAUAAUUACCAAAAAACCCAGAAAAUGAUAAUUAAAGAGAAACUAUUUUAUAAUUAUAUGAAUAAUUAUAUUUAAAAUACAAAGUUAAUAUUAUAAAAUAUAUAGCCUUAGAUUAUGUUAAAGAAGAAAACUUUAAAACCAAAAUAACAGAGUAUAUUAUUCCUUAUUUUAGAAAAGGGAUGACAUCUUUAUUUUCUGAAAUAAAACAUUUUUACAAAUACACAAAUAAAUCUAAGAUAAUAGAAUAAGUAUUAUAAGAAAAUCUUUUGUAAUUGGAAACUAGCAGUAAGUUUUGUAACUCAGAAGAAGUCGAAACUCCAUGUUGUCUUUUAUGGUGUUAUAUGCUUUUGGCUUAACACUUUGACAAAGUCUAAUAGUAUGAAAAGGCUUAAGAAUUUGUUAACAAAGCAAUUAAUCAUACUCCUACUUUAAUUGAGCUUUAUUUAGUAAAAGCAAAAAUACACAAGCAUUUAUUUUAAUAUUAAUUAGCUUUUGAAUAAACAGAAAAAUCAAGAAAUAUGGAUUUAGCUGAUAGAUAUUUAAAUAAUAAAUCUAUUAAAUAUGCAUUAAGAUGUGGGUUUACAAAAAAAGCUGAAUAUCUAUUAAAGCUCUUUCUUAAAGAUAUAAAUGAAAGUAAUCCUUAUGAACUUUAAUCUUUAUGGUAUGAAGUUGCACAAGAUUAAAAAAAACAAGAAGAAGAAUAAAGAAUUAAAAAUAUGAGUUAAGCUGAAAAAAAGAAAUGGAAAAAGUAAUAAUAAUAGAUUGAAGAAAAUAAAGUAAAAGAAAUUGUUGAAGAAUUUAAAAUAAAACUAGAUUUAAAUGGCGAAGAAUUUUAAAAUAUCGCUCCUUUAAAAGAAGCUAAUAUUUCAGCUAAGAUCUUAGUUCAUUUAAACAUACAAAAUAGCAAAUUAGCUUUCUAAAAUUUCUCUAUAUUGGUCGAUUUUUAUAUUUAAACAGAAAGAACACUUCUUUUAAUAACAUCGUUUAUUAAACUUUAAAACAGCUAAUAUUGUGAAUAUAGAAUACAUACUUUUAAAUUAAAAACCGCAUAAUACUGUUUUAAAUGUGAUAUUAUAUUAUAAAAAAAUAAUAAUACAUAGUUAAUUGAAUAUCUUGAAUAAUCUCUUUUAAAUAAUAAUUUAAAUUUGAACGAUUCUAUAUUAAGCUUUGAUUUGCUUUGUAAAUACUAAUAAAAUAGUCUUAACAAUAAAAUUUAUGAAAAUUUAUCUCAUAAGUUUCCUUAAUAAGCAUAUUAUUUUUCAAAAGAAAGAUAUAUAGAAACAGAUAAUUGA